AUGGCUAUCAAGACCCUCGGCGCAAAGGCCGCCGCCGCGCUGGACCAGGAGCUCAUGAGCACUGGCGCAUUCUCAAUCGACCAGCUCAUGGAGCUCGCUGGGCUGGCGGUGUCACAAGCAGUCUACCGUGUCCAGCCCUUGGACAAAGGCCCAAGAAUCCUGGUGGCGUGUGGGCCUGGAAAUAAUGGCGGGGAUGGCCUUGUCGCCGCACGACAUCUGUUCUACUACGGGUACAGACCAACCAUCUUUUACCCCAAGAGAAGCAAGAAUGAGCUCUACCAGCGAUUGACGAAGCAACUCGAAGAUCUCGAAAUUCCGUUUGUCGAUGAUUUUCCGUCCGCCAUGAAAUCAACGGACCAUAUAGUGGACGCGAUAUUCGGAUUCAGCUUUUCAGGCGAGGUUCGGGAACCAUUUCCGGCCGUGAUCCAAUCUCUCCAGGAGACCAAAAUCCCCGUCACUUCAGUGGAUGCGCCGUCGUCGUGGGAUAUCGAAAACGGCCCCCCGAAGACGGGAUUAGGAAGCUCUUUCAUGCCGACAGCUCUUGUCAGCCUGACGGCUCCUAAACCAUUGGUCAACCAUUUCACUGGCCGGCACUUUGUUGGUGGACGGUUCGUGUCUCCAUCGAUUGCCAAAAAGUAUAACUUCGAGGUUCCUCCAUACCAGGGUGUCGACCAGGUUGUUGAGAUAGGAUCAUCUGAGCAGAAACUCUGA